CCCCAGCUUUCCCGCUCUUCUGUGCCAACUGGUCCUACUCUCUGCGUUCCGCAGUAGUUUCACUUUGUGCGAGGCGGAGGAGGCUGCUCCUCCAAUCUCCCACAGGAUUGGGAAGCGAAGCUGUCAAGCCAUUGAACUGAUUUCCCCGCCCCUUUCUCCUUCUCCCGCCCUCUUCGUUCCCGGUCGCCUCUUCGUGUAAGGCUCAGCGGCGCCAUCCAUGGGGCAUUCAGUGAGCAUUGCAUUUCCCUCCACCCGUUUCCUCCCAAGCUCUGGCAUUGGGGGCUGUCGGGGGUGGGUGGAACGCAAAAUAGUUGGAAACGUCCUUCUGCUGUGCGUGUGAGUUGAAUGUGUUUACUGGAGUUCGGCUAGGACAGAUGUGGUGCAGGGCGAGGCAAAUACAAAUCGCACCGAAGAGAAGGGAAUUCCCACAGGCGGGGAUGAGCUUGUCCUCCUUCUCCACUGGUGGUGCCUGGGAAGAGUUAGUGGAGGAGUAGACAUGGCCAGUAACAGGAGCAAGAGCAGCAGCUGGUAUGAAGAAGAAGACGAGGAAAAGAAAGAAGCCGCUCUGAAAAAACUGAUCGUCCGGCUGAAGAACGUCCAAGAAGGGAAGCAGAUUGAGACCUUGAUCCAAAUACUGGAAGAUCUCAUUGCUUUUGCUUCUUCGCAAAACGGUCCCAAGUUAUUAAAUGACAAAAAUACCCAUGUGCCUUUGCUGCUGGUUUUGGUUUCUUACAUGAGAGUGUCAAGUGUGCAACAGGUGGGCUGGUCACUUCUUUGCAAACUUAUCGAAGUUUGCCCAGACACUCUUCAUAAUCUAGCAUCCCCACAAGAUAUUGGAAAGGACUGGGAAGUGCUUGGUGUUCAUCAGCAAAUUCUUAAGAUGCUUAAAACUCACAAUGCAAACAUAUGCCUUUCAACAGUUGGACUCAGAGCAUUAAAUCUGCUUCUUUCUUCAGAUGAAAUAACACUUCUUCUCUUGGAAGAAGGGACAGAUGUGUUUUUAUUGGUAUUUGAUGCAAUGGACACCUUUUCUGAUAAUGAAGAAAUCCAGAAAUAUGGAUGUAAAGCUUUGCACAUGCUUUUAGAAAAAGUUCCAGAGGAGCAGCUCAUUGAGUUUGUUGAGGACAAAGAUCAUUUGAUCAUACUAAAUGUAUUUAAAAAAUUCCCAGAGAAAGAAAAUGUUGUACUUCUUGCACUUUUGUCUCUACAUUCACUGGCUGGGCCACCCAGCAAUGUGGAAGUUCUUAUGUCUGGAAAUGUGAGAUCUUACAAUAUCGUAGUUGAGAUGAUGAAAACAUUCCCCAAGAGUGAGCCAAUUCAGGAAGUGAGCUGCUGUUUGUUGCAUAAACUUACACUGGGAAACUUUUUCAAUAUCCUGGUAUUAAACAAUGUGCAUGAAGUUAUUGUGAAGGCUGUUGAAAAGUACCCUGGAAAUGCAAAGCUACAGGCUGCAGGCCUCAGUUGUUUGGCUCUUCUCACGGAAACAAUAUUUUUAAACAGAGACUUGGAAGAAAAAGAGGAGGAUGAGGAGGAAGGAGAAAAAUUAUGCUGGCUGGAAGCUUGUUAUAAAGCACUAAAAUUGCACCGGAAAAAUAUAGAUGUGCAGGAGGCUGCAUGUUGGGCUUUGAACAAUCUGCUUAUGUACCAACACAGUCUUCAUGAGAAGAUUGGAGAUGAAGAGAAAAAGUUUCCAGCACACAGAGAAGUGAUGCUGGCCAUGCUGAUGCAUUCUACUUCAAAGGAAGUGUUUCAAGCAGCUGCAAAUGCCUUGACAACUCUGUCGGAGCAAAAUGAAAGUUUUAGGACAGUCCUGUUGACAAAAGGAAUACACAUAAAUGUGCUGGACAUAAUGAAGAGACACUCCAACUCUCCUGAAGUUGCAGAAAGUGCUUGUAAACUGCUGAAUCAUGCUUUUGAAGGAAGUUUUCCCCCUCUGGAUAUAAUGACAGUAGCUGCAUCCAGAGUUGUGAAGGUGAUGAUGAAGCAUAAAUUGGUGCCAUCUGUAUAUCUGGAGGCACUUCGAGUUAUUUUACAUUUUGUGACCCCAAGAGCAAUGACAAAACAGCAAAAUCAUACUUUGGAAGAUGCUGAGUUGACUCUAAUGUUAAAAGUGAUUCAGAACCAAUGUGUCUUGGAAGGGACCCAUAUACUAAUCCUUGAUGCACUCAACAGGUUUAUUGGAAAUCCUCAUAUUCAGAAAUGUGGAUUUCAGAUACUUUCCUCUGUAUUGAAGUGUUCAGGUGCUCUAGAAAUGUUGUCACAGCAAGGAAUGGCAGAUACUGUUCUCCAUACACUACAAAUGUAUCCUGAUGAUCAAGAAAUACAGUGUCUUGGUUUAAGUCUUCUGGGAUCUUUGAUUACAAGGAAGAGCUUGUGCAUUGCAACUAUACACCUUCUGGCAGCAGUUUUGGUUUCUACUUUACGACGAUUUAAGGAUGUUGUUGAAAUACAAACUCAUGGAUUCCACACAAUUAUAACAAUACUUGAUCUAUCACCUUGUUUUGCAAAGCUGCUAAUACAGGAAUCAUUUGACACAGCUAUUUUCUAUCAGAUGUCCAUGUGUUUCACUGAACAAAGAGACCAGCAGUUUCAGAGUCUUUGUUGUAAGUGCUUUGCUAAAAUAGCUGCCAAUGAAGAUUUAAAAAACCUGAUGUUGGAGAAGGCUUGUGCUGAAUACAAUAGCAUUAUGGUUGAAUGUUUGCUGUUGCUGAGAGCUGAUGUGAAUAAGAAGACUAAGACAAACUCCUUAAUUUAUCAGGUGUGUGAGAAAGGAAGCAAUCCGAAGUUAGUAGAACUGCUACUAAACAGUGGUGCUCGAGAGCAGGAUGUUCGGUCUGCUCUAAUGGUCAGCAUCAAGAAAGGAGAUAGCCAGAUCAUUAGCUUGCUCUUAAAAAAGCUUAGCCUGGAUGUGGCCAACAGCAGCAUAUGCCUUGGAGGCUUCUGCAUUGGUAGAAUUGAACCUUCUUGGCUGAGCCCCCUGUUUCCAGAUAAACGAACAUCAUUCAGGAAAGAAACAAAUGCAGGUUCUGCUUUGGCACGAAUGGUUCUUCGAUAUCAAAGGAAAAGCAGUUAUGAGGACCAGUCAAGAUUUGGUUUUAAUGUAACUUCCUCUGAAGAUUCAGUGGAGAAGUUUGAUGAUUGGUCAGUCCUACCUGACCCUCUAAUCGACAACGUUUUCCGCCUGAGUGAUGAUCUAGAUAGUGAAGGGAGUGAAAGCUCAUUUCUUAUGAAGAGAAAAUCCAGCUCUGUGGCAGCUGCGGAUCUCCAGAAAGACACAGCCUUGCAGAUGGGUUCUCCGACUGCCAAAAGGCACUCCAGCUUUGUGGGACCUGGGUCACAUUAUGAGACCUUAGGGAAGCCAAGAAGAAAAGCCAUGUCUUCUGAUGAGCUGCAUGGAGUAUCUAAAUUCCAAUCCAACAUAAAGCGGUCGGACAGUUUCUCUUCAUCAGUCUCAGACAGGGAAUAUAUUAAGUCACUAGACCUUUCAUCAAAUGAGUUGGAGAAUAUAGAUGGCCUCAGUCAAAGCGUUUCCUUGACUACUCACUUGGAACAUCUUGAGAAAUUAGAGCUGCAACAAAAUGUACUUUCACACAUUCCAGAACAACUGUGUGAGAGCUUGAAAUGUUUGAAGUAUCUGGAUCUACAUAGUAACCAUUUUACAUCUUUCCCUGUAUACCUGUUGAAAAUGCCUCAUAUAGCACAUCUUGAUGUCUCACGUAAUGACAUUGGGCCUUCAUUAGUUUUGGCUCCAAAGACUGACUGUACAACACUAAAACUACUGAAUUUGUCAUACAACCAAUUGACACACAUUCCUGAAUUUCUUUCUAAAGUUGCUGAAAAAUUGGAACAUCUUAUACUAGAAGGAAACAAAAUUUCAGGUAUAUUUGAACCUAUACACUUGAAGGAACUGAAAGUUUUAAACAUUAGCAAGAACGCUCUGACUUCCUUUGUUGAGAAUGUGCUGAAGGAGUGUUUGAAACUGGACAUACUCAAUGCUGGGAUGAAUUCACUUGAUGCCUUACCGGUCUUACCAUUCAGCAUAACUACAUUAAAAUUAUCUCAGAAUAAUUUUUCUAGUGUUCCUGAAGCAGUUCUUCUUCUUCCACAUUUGCGCUCAGUUGAUUUGAGCAACAAUGAAAUUAUAAGCCUUCCAGGACCAGUGCACUGGAAGUCCUCUAAUUUAAGGGAGCUGUUGUUUAGCCAUAAUAAAAUAAGCGUCCUAGACUUGAAUGAAAAAGUUUUCUCGUGGUCUCGGCUUGAAAAGCUACACCUGUCCCACAAUAAGUUAAAAGAGAUUCCUCCUCAAAUAGGAUUCCUUAGUAAUUUGACAUCUCUUGAUGUAAGCUACAAUCCAGACUUAAGAUCCUUUCCAGAUGAAAUGGGAAAGCUGUCCAAAAUAUGGGACCUUCCUUUGGAGGGAUUACAUCUUAAUAUGGACUUCAAACAUGUGGGAUGGAAAGCCAGAGAUAUUAUUAGAUUUCUUCAACAGCGUUUAAAGAAAGCUGUUCCUUAUAACCGGAUGAAGCUCAUGAUUGUUGGAAAUACUGGCAGUGGUAAAACUACACUAUUGCAGCAACUAAUGAAAUGCAAACGACAAGAUCUGGGGAUUCAGAAAGCUACAGUUGGAAUUGAUGUGAAUGAUUGGAGAGUUCAAAUAAAAGGCAGAGUUAAGAAAGAUCUGAUAUUGAACGUCUGGGAUUUUGCAGGCCAGGAGGAAUUCUACAGCGCUCACCCCCACUUUAUGACUCGGAGAGCUCUGUAUCUUACUGUUUAUGACCUUAGCAAAGGAGCAGCUGCAGUGGAUGCUAUGAAGCCAUGGCUAUUCAAUAUCAAGGCCCGAGCAUCAUCAUCACCUGUGAUUCUUGUUGGUACUCAUUUGGACAUCUCUAAUGAAAAAGAGCGGAAAGCUUGUGUCAGUAAAAUUACCAAGGAGCUGCUGAAUCAGAGAGGUUUCCCAGCAAUCCAGGAUUACCAUUUUGUGAAUGCUACAGAAGAAUCUGAUGCUAUGAUAAAACUUCGAAAAACCAUAAUAAAGGAGAGUCUGAAUUUCAAAAUCAGGGAACAGCCGGUUGUUGGACAGCUAAUCCCAGACAGCUAUUUAGAACUUGAGAAGAGAAUUUUAGAGGAACGUAUGCAUGUUCCAACUGGAUUUCCAGUGAUUGACCAGAAACGGUUAUUAGAAUUGGUGGAAGAAAACAAGUUGCAGCUGGAUGAAACUGAGCUCCCGCAUGCUGUUCACUUUUUGAAUGAAUCAGGGGUACUGCUGCAUUUUCAAGACCCGGCACUUCAGCUACGAGACUUAUAUUUUGUUGACCCAAAAUGGCUGUGUAAAAUCAUGGCACAGAUCUUGACGGUGAAGGUUGAAGGCUUUCCUAAGUACCCAAAGGGGAUCAUAAAGCGUUCUGAUGCAGAACAGUUCCUUUUAAAGAAGAACAAAUUCCCAAAGAUGUAUAUGUCUCAAUAUUUCAAGCUUCUGGAGAAGUUCCAGAUAGCACUGCCACUAGGAGAAGAUCAACUCCUUGUUCCAAGCAGCUUGUCAGAUCACAGGCCUGUGAUAGAAUUGCCCCACUGUGAAAACUCAGAAAUUAUCAUUAGGCUAUAUGAGAUGCCAUAUUUCCCCAUGGGUUUUUGGUCCAGGCUAAUCAACAGAUUGCUUGAAGUGUCUCCUUAUAUGUUGACCGGAAGAGAAAGAGCUCUUCGUCCUAACAGGAUGUAUUGGAGGCAAGGCAUAUACCUGAAUUGGUCACCUGAAGCAUAUUGUUUGGUGGAAUCAGCAAUUUUUGAAAACAAUCCAAACAGUUUCCUAAAAAUCACCGUGCCUUCUUGCAGAAAAGGUUGUAUCCUCUUGGGUCAAGUUGUGGAUCAUAUUGAUUCUCUUAUGGAAGAAUGGUUUCCUGGCUUACUAGAUGUGGAUGUAUGUGGGGAAGGGGAAACACUCCUGAAGAAAUGGGUUCUGUAUAGUUUUGAGGAUGGUGAAGAGCAUCAGAAAAUAUUACUUGAUGACUUACUUAAAAAAGCAGAAGAAGGUGACCUCUUAAUAAAUCCAGAUCGACCAAAAUGCACCAUUCCAAUAGCCCAGAUUGCACCUGACCUGAUACUGGCUGAUUUACCUAGAAAUAUAAUGUUGAACAAUGAUGGACUAGAAUUUGACCAAAGACCAGAAUUUCUUCUAGGCGAUGGUGGAUUUGGAUCUGUGUACCGGGCUUCUUAUGAUGGAGAAGAAGUAGCUGUAAAGAUUUUUAAUAAGCACACAUCUCUUAGACUCUUAAGACAAGAACUUGCAGUGCUGUGUCAUCUUCAUCACCCUAGUUUAGUAUUCUUGAAGGCUGCAGCAGUGCGUCCCCGGAUGCUUGUCAUGGAAUUGGCUCCAAAGGGGUCUCUUGAUCGAUUACUGCAGCAAGACAAUGCAAAUUUAACGAGAACCCUCCAGCACAGGAUAGCUCUGCAUGUAGCUGAUGGCUUAAGGUAUCUACAUUCAUCAAUGAUUAUCUACCGUGAUUUAAAGCCUCACAAUGUGCUGCUUUUUACACUGUAUCCCAAUUCAGCUGUCAUUGCAAAGAUUGCAGAUUAUGGGAUUGCACAGUAUUGUUGCAGAAUGGGAAUAAAGACUUCAGAAGGCACACCAGGAUUUAGAGCACCAGAAGUUGCGAGAGGAAAUGUUAUUUACAACCAGCAAGCUGAUGUUUAUUCAUUUGGCUUGCUCCUGUAUGACAUUUUAACAGCUGGUGGGAGAAUAUUAGAAGGCAUGAAAUUUCCAAAUGAAUUCGAUGAAUUAGCUAUCCAUGGAAAAUUGCCAGAUCCUGUCUCAGAAUAUAGCUGUGCCCCCUGGCCAGAAGUUGAAGAUUUAAUUAAGAAGUGUUUGAAAGAAAAUCCUCAGGAAAGACCUACAUCUGACCAGGUUUUUGAGAUUUUGAACUCAGCAGAACUUGUCUGCUUGAUGAGAUAUAUUUCGGUAUCCAGUGCUUCUACAGCAGAGUGCAUGGUUGCUACUAAUUCAAGUUGUAAGAAGACAGGAAUCUGGAUAGGUAGUGGGAGCACAGAAGCAGCACAGCUCUCCUAUAUUGACUUAAAUACAAAUGAACAUACUUGUCAGGACAUUGCAGACACUAGAAUAUUGUGCUUGGCCUUGGUGACCCUUCCUGCAGAGAAGGAUAACUGGAUUGUAGCAGGAACACAAUGUGGUUCUCUGUGGGCCGUUCACAUGCAAGAUGAGCAGCACAAACACCAACUUCAGAGGAUGUCAGAUUCUGUCACAUGUCUUUACUGCAACUCUCUUGCAAAGCAAAACAAGCAGAAGAAUUUCUUUUUAGUGGGUACAGCUGAUGGGCAGCUAGCAGUGUUUGAAGACAGAGCAAUAAAGUGCAAAGGGGCUGCACCUUUGAAGAUCUUACAAGUUGGGAACAUCAGCACUCCACUCAUGUGUUUAAGUGAAUCUAAUUAUUCAUCUGAAAAAAAUAUAAUCUGGGGAGGUUGUGGAACAAAGAUUGUAUCCUUGUCCAGUGACUUGGCUGUUCAAAAACUCAUUGAGACAAAGGCAAGCCAACUAUUAUGCCAUAAGGCUUACAGUGAUGCCAAUAUUAUUUCAAUAGCAGUGGACAAAUUCAUCUACUUGGCGAAGAAGAACAGCUAUUUUGUGGAAAUUUGGGAUAAAAAGACGGAGAAACUUUGUGAACUAAUUGACUGCGUGCAUUUUCUAAAAGAGGAGGUGCCAAAUCUGAAUAAAGAAACAAAGCAAAAACUUGCUUAUCCUGGAAGAGUGAAGAGCAUCUGCCUUCAGAAGAAUACAGCUCUCUGGAUAGGCACAGGAGGAGGACAUAUCUUAUUGCUUGACCUCUCCACGCGUCAUCCCUUAAGGAUAAUAAGUGAUUUCUGCAAUUCAGUUAGAUUCAUGAUGACAGCCCAGCUAGGCAGCCUCAAGAACGUUGUUUUGGUUUUGGGCCAUUGCCAUAAAGAUGAUAGUGAAGACAACAAAUAUGCCAAAGGAAUACAGUCGUGUGUAUCAGUUUGGGACAUUAAUCUGCCACAUGAAGUACAAAACCUGAGAAAACAUAUUGAGAUAAGAAAAGAAUUAGCAGAGAAAAUGAGGAGUUUUUCUUUGGAUUAACUGGCAAAGUGGUGAAUCCUCUUAUUAGCUCUAUGCUUACUUCGAGGGAUACGCGUGAGGGAUUAUUUGCUGGUUUUCUAGAAGUGUACAGCAGAAAUGCUUGUGAAAGCACACUAUUUAACACAUUUUUGUUUAAAAUAUACAAAAAAUGCUAGUAAGAGGACGAUCUUAUAAUUUUUCAGUGCCAUAAAUUAUCGGUAGGGGCGGGGGGGGGGGAGAAACUACUUAUAAUACUGAAACGAACUUAUUUCAUCUGGUCUCAGGUGUCAGUUGUAGUACUCCGGGUAUGGAGUCAUUCUGUUGUCUCAUUUUGGUGUGUGAGUGAGUGAGAGAGAGAGAAUUUGGUGGUAUUUUGUAUUUGUAUUCUUUGGUGUAACUUCUGCUGUAUUCUUGGGUGUAACUUUUGUAAAGUAAUAAUGAAAGCAUGUGUUAGAGCAAUUGUUGAAAUACAUGAAGGCACAUAGGUUAUGUCUUUUCUUGAUAAACUAAAGGUUUUUCAUGUUUGAAGUUUCCUGAACUGGGAAAGAUAAACCUCUGUGUAAAAUUUGCACUAGUGUUUUAAACUGUAGCUUGGGACAAAUCAUGUAGCAAGAGUGACCAUUUGCUAAAAUGUACAGUUUUAGUAUUUGUUUUGCCCAGUUAAAUGCUGGAUUCUGCAUCCUGAUGUCCAGUUAAAUAGUGAACUUUGCUAUUGGCCUUUCGUCAAUAUACUGCUUUAAGCACUUUAGAGAGCACUAUUUUUUGUGCAGACAAUCAUGACUUGAUCAUUCUCUAUUGCCAGGUCAGUGUUAGGAGUAUGCGCAGACCACUUUCCGCAGUCUGGUGUGAAUUCAGACUGACACGCCAGUCCGCAAACUGGUUUGACAGUUCGAGAGGCUAUAAAGUUGCUUGUAAAGUGGAUAAAGCUCAGGGUAGCCAGUGAGGGCAGGUGGUUCUGGGGUGGGGUGCACAAGAGGCACCUUUAAAAGUACAUGAGAAGGUGCUGUGCAGCAGCGGCACAGCUCCCAGCACUCACUCACCUGGCCUCCACGCAUGUGUGGAGGUCAUGCA